AUGUCGAGCUGGGAUGCCAUGAUCGAUUCGCUGCGCGUGGUGGCGGCUCCGGACGGAACCGCGGCGGGCGCCCUGAGCGCGUGCUGCAUCGCCGACCACGCGGGAAACGUCUGGGGACAAUCCGAACACUUUCCCGGGUUCAACGCCGAGGAGGCGACGGCUUUGAUGGCGCUCUUUGCGAAUCCGAUCGAUCGAGCGAGCGAGGGGAUAGUCAUCGGUGGUUCGCGAUACGUCUUUCUCAACGGCGGCGACGAAGACGGCGUCGUUCGAGGCAAGCGCGGGAGCGAGCACGGCGUCGUCGUCGUCAAGACCAAGACCGCGUUCGUGAUCGGCAUUCACGGCGAUAAUCUCGAGACGCGGCAGGUGAGCGCGCACGUCGAGCAAUUUGGGGACUACCUCUCAUCGCAAGGAAUGUGA